CUCAAAACAUACCAUCAGCAAUAUCUUUUACGCCAUGUCUGCCCAAACCAACAGCCGCGUUAUUCUCAACAAGUACAUUCCCGACAACGACUUCUCGACGUCGUACUACAGCGUCGACAGCAGCCAGCCCGUGCCCACCGCUGAGUCGCUGGCCCCGGGACAGGUGCUAAUCAAGGUUGACUCGCUGUCCAUCGACCCGCACCUGCGUUUCUUUGCUGCCGAGAGCAACCCGUCAAUCUACCGGUAUGAGCUCGGUGAGGCUGUGUAUAGCAUCGGUGUCGGCGUGGUCACUGCGUCAAAGAGCGACAGGUUCCAGCCGGGCGAUAUUGUGCGCAGCGACCAGUUCCGCUGGGCCGACUACACGGUUGUCGAUGAGAAGGCGCUGGACAAGAUGCCCAGCAACGACGUGCCGCCCUCCACUUAUCUAGCCUAUAUUGGUGUUGCGCACUUUGGCAAGACCAAGCAGGGCGAGACUCUGCUGGUGUCUGCUGCGUCGGGCGCCGUGGGCCAGAUCGUGGUCCAGCUGGCAAAGGCUCGCGGUGCGCGCGUUGUUGGCUAUGUCAAAAGUCUGGGCGCUGACGCUGUCAUCAACUAUAAAACGUGCGGUGACUUUGACAAGGCAAUCAAGGAGGCGGCGCCCGAGGGCGUUGACGUCUACUUUGACAACGUCGGCGGCGAGUUCCUCGAUGCUGUUCUGCUGAACCUCAACUUUGGUGCCCGUGUGGUGCUGUGCGGCACCAUGUCCACCAACGGCCUGGACCGUAGCAAGGUCUAUGGUGUCAAGAACCUAGAUUUGCUCGUGACGAAGAACAUCACCAUCAACACGCUGUUCUAUGCGCUGCUGAGCGGCUCGCAGGUAGAGACUGACUUCAUCGCCGAGGUGUCGGAGCUCGCUGAGCAGGGAAAGAUCCAGCUCAAGAUGGACGUCCGCAAUGGCCUGGAGAGCGCAGCUCCCGCGCUAAUGGACCAGUUCCAGGGCAAAAACUUUGGAAAGGUCAUUGUCAAGCUAUGA